AUGGCUAUCGCAGUUCUCUUUCUCCCAGAAGCAUCAGACUACAUCGCUGCCAAUGCUCAGGCUUCACUAGAUCUAGCCGUCCCGCAAGCGUCGUCUCCGUUUGUCCAAGGCCUCCGAGCCGCUGCAAAGGCCCACUCCAUUGCCGUCCAUGUCGGCAUUCACGACACCGUGUUGGGUCAGGAGGCCGACCAGCCAACGCGCAAGAUCCUGAACCGGGCGUUGUAUAUCAACUCGGACGGCAUGAUACAGCACUCGGCUACGUACGACAAGCUGCACGUAUUCGACUAUGGGGCCCUCCGGGAGAGCGCCACCGUCCAGCCAGGCACAAAGUUCACUGCUCCGGUUGACUCUCCCGUCGGCAGGAUAGGCAGCCUAAUCUGCUUUGACUUGCGUUUCCCCGAAACAGCCCUCGCCCUCGCCCAGCCCGGUCGCAGCAGUCCCUGGGCGGCCCGUCCGGCGCAAAUCAUCACGUAUCCCAGUGCGUUUACGCUGCGUACGGGAGAAGCUCACUGGGAGACGCUACUCCGGGCUCGCGCCAUCGAGACGCAGAGCUACGUGGUCGCAGCAGCCCAGGUCGGCCGCCACAACGAGAAGCGAGCCAGCUACGGCCGCAGCAUGGUUGUUGACCCAUGGGGCAAAGUGCUGCUCUGCCUCAAGGGCGUGGCGGAUGCGGAAGGCAACGCGGCAGACGGGGCCGUGGAGGAGGUUGGCUUCGUGGACAUUGACCUGGACGAGCUAGAGAGAGUGCGCAGGGAGAUGCCGCUGCAGCGACGAACCGAUGUUUAUCCCGAGCUUACCGUCGUCUAA